UAGGUCUGGGAGGAAAAGGAGAUCCCUGCUUUACACCCUUUCCUCAGAUGGCUUUUAGGUUAUUGGCAACUAACUUUAACAACUGCUAGAGGACUCUCAGCACUUCAAACAGAGAAACCUUUCGGGAGUCAGUAACUGCAGUGUCCUCAGGAGAAUUUCCAGGAAUCCAUGGCAGUGGAUCCAUCUAUCCCAGGAAAAAAAUCAUAUUGCUCCCGGAAAGAUGGAGUUUUUACUAUGUGAGACCUGAAUGAUAGAUUGCAUUUUGUUGUUCAAAGAGAAGAAAAUGCAGGUAACCAAGAUGCUGUUUUCUGGAGGAAAGAGGAGAAAGCUGAGAUUGGCAGGUGACCAGAAAAAUUCUGUCUAUCCUCAUUGCCUUCAGUUUUACUUGGAACCACCUUCUGAAAACAUAUCUUUGACAGAGUUUGAAAACUUCGCUAUUGAUAGACUUAAAUUGCUAAAAUCAGUUGAAAAUCUUGGUGUGAGCUAUGUGAAAGGAACUGAGCAAUACCAGAGUAAGUUAGAAGCUGAGCUUCGAAAGCUCAAGUUUUCCUACAGAGAAAACUUAGAAGAUGAAUAUGAACCGCGAAGAAAAGAUCAUAUUUCUCAUUUUAUUGUGCGCCUUGCUUAUUGCCAAUCCGAAGAUCUCAGACGCUGGUUCAUUCAACAAGAAAUGGAUCUCCUUAGAUUUCGAUUCAGUAUUUUACCCAAGGACAAAAUUCAAGAUUUCCUAAAGGAUAGCCAUUUGGAGUUUGAGGCUAUAAGUGACAAUGAGAAGAGUCUCCGAGAAAAGGACAUUAUUGCCUCAUCUCCAACUGUCUUCGAGUUGGAGUCAGUUUAUAAGGUUCCUUUUCCUGAUGCUCUGGAUUUGUUCCGAGGAAGGAAAGUCUAUUUGGAAAAUGGCUUUGCUUACGUACCACAUAAAGAUAUCGUGGCAAUCAUCCUGAAUGAAUUUAGAGCCAAACUUUCCAAAGCUUUGGCAUUAACAGCCAGGUCCCUGCCUACUGUGCAGUCUGAUGAAAGACUUCAGCCUCUGCUCAAUCACCUCAGUCAUUCCUAUACUGGCCAAGAUUACAGUAUACAGAGAAAUGUUGGAAAGAUUUCUUUAGAUCAGAUUGAUUCGCUUUCUACCAAAUCCUUCCCACCCUGCAUGCGUCAGUUACAUAAAGCCUUGCGGGAAAAUCACCAUCUUCGUCAUGGAGGCCGAAUGCAGUAUGGCCUUUACCUGAAGGGCAUUGGUUUGACAUUGGAACAGGCCUUGCAGUUCUGGAAGCAAGAAUUUAUCAGAGGAAAGAUGGAUCCAGACAAGUUUGAUAAAGGUUACUCUUACAACAUCCGUCAUAGCUUUGGAAAGGAAGGCAAGAGGACAGACUAUACACCUUUUAGUUGCAUGAAGAUUAUUCUAACCAAUCCACCAGGACAAGGGGAUUAUCAUGGGUGCCCAUUCCGUCACAGUGACCCAGAGCUGCUGAAGCAGAAGUUGCAGUCAUACAAGGUCUCUCCUGAGAGGAUAAGCCAGAUUUUGGAUUUAGUAAAGGGUUCACAUUACCAGGUAGCCUGUCAGAAAUACUUCGAGAUGACACAUAACGUGGAUGAUUGUGGCUUUUCUUUGAAUCAUCCUAAUCAGUUCUUUUGUGAGAGUCAGCGUAUUCUAAAUGGAGGCAAAGACAUCAAGAAGGAGGCUGCCCAACCGGAAACUCUUCAACCAAAGCCAAACAUCCAGAAAACCAAGGAUGCAUCAUCUGCUCUGGCCUCUUUGAAUUCCUCCCUGGAAAUGGAUGUGGAUAUGGAGGGACUGGAGGAUUACUUUAGUGAAUGAUUCUUGGGCAGUUUAGUAACCCCUUUCCUCUGAAGCUUCCAUUUCUUCUUUCUAACAUUCGGCCUUUUUCUCUUUUAACUUUAUCUUUUUCCUUCAUCCCACCCCAGUCUGUUGACACGUAUACACACUCAUUAAGAAGGCACACUUGCCGGUAAAACCACAGACCCCCUACUAUGUUUUGCUUUGACAAAAGGGAGGAAGGAGAGUUUCUAUGAAAAUCUGUCACUUUAGUAGUGUCAUUCAAAUUCUGUUCUAGGAGAUAAAAACAUCUUUCUGGACUGAGUAAAGUCCACAAAUACAGCUAAAAACAACUUUCAAACCUUAUCACUUUUCCAGUUUGACACAAUCAUUUGACGUUUUUUGUUAAUAAAUAUGAAAUGUAUAUUACUGUGUGUAUAAUUGAGAGAAUCUUAUUGUGUCUUAAGAUUGGACCUUACCUUUGUUUUUAAGUGGCACUUUGGAACACUCAGCACACUGCUAAUCACCCCUGGAGAUUUUAAACUUUCCUUUUUUGUUGUUGUCUAGCUGAUCUAUUUUUUUGUUACUCUUCACUAUCAACUUUGGCCCCUUUGAGUAGCAGCAGACUCUACUGAAAUGAAUUGUGACUUAGGAAUUAAACAGAAUAAGUAAGGCCAGUUAUAUUUAUUACAGGAGUAUUUUUUAAUGUAAAAUAAUGGAACUUUUUAUCCGCUGCCAUUUUUCAUUCAUUCUAGGGGCAGGUUCAUGAAAAAUAGGUAGUUUCUGAAGCACAAAGACUGUACGUGAAGUGUUUCUAGUAUUUAUCCCACCCUCCAACUUCCGUGUCUUAUUACUUCUAUGGUUGCUGGGCAUUACCAAAUAGGCAUGGUAAAUUCAUUAACAUCAGUAAUGAAUGUUUUGAUAUUCAUAGUACGCCCUUCUUUAAGUGCUAGCAACAGAAUUCAUUAGAAUUCGGUAAAUGUUGUAGGUAAUUAUAGACACACGAGAUCAGUGCCCUGCGCCCUCUUUGCCUGACUUUGGUGAGGUGAGGUGGAUGCUCCCUGGCGCUUUAUGUCUUAUAGGGCAGUGGCACUGUGGACACCUUAUCUGAUUUCCUCACCAAGCUCUGCACUCACCCAGAGUUUGGGAGGUCCCUGGAGACAUAGUCUGAAAUGUAACUCUUCUCACCUGUUACCUUGGAAUAUGUGGAAAAUAUGAGUUUAUUCCUUUCCUCUUUUUUGAUACAGAGGGGUGCUUUCCCCUUAUCCUUUUGAAUCACACGCAUGACAAAAUUUACGAGAGGACAUUGUAUUUAGAAAACUGGAUAAACUGCGUCAAUAUGAAAGGGAUUUAUACAGGAUCAGAUCAUCAGAACCUAAAAAUGUCAGCUGAUCAGUUUUUUAUGUUAGGCUUCUGAGUCAAAGAUUUCUUGGAAUAUUUAGUAACAUAUAAUUAAAUGA